AGGGUUUAGUUUCUCCCUGUCUCCUGCGACCCACACUCCAGUACAGUAGUCGGCGGUAACGCACCAUCAUUUUGGUUGUCAACCGCAGAUAAACCCCACCGGAGAAGAAGAAGAGACUCCGCCUUGUCUUCGUUUAUUUUUGUUGUGAGGAUGUUUGUCGUCUAGCAAGCAUUUCUGGUAUUUAUAAAUACAAUUAUGUGAUUGACUAUUUUAGAGCAGCUAACAGUCAGGUAUAACAUUAUUCUGUUUUUCCAGAUAAUUUAACGUGGUCCAUCACUUAUUGCCCGAACUCACUCAGAUCUACUUAGGUGAAGGAGACGGAAUGAACAUGUCAAGCUCACCAGCAUGGUAACUACCUAAAGUCCAUUUUUUACUAGCCAGCUAACGUUAAACUCACAAUUUACUAGUAAUAAUAUUUUUUUUUUUUUAUCCCAAUCAUGAGUGAAGAGGAGAGUAACACGUCAGCGGGUUACAACAAUAAGGACUCGAGCAUUAUUCUCACCAAAGACGGACAGACGUACUACGUUGACAAGAGCGGUGUUGUCGACAGUAGAAAUGUAGUCACACGUCAAGAGUCGGACCAUAACAUGUUCUCCUACGAUAUGGAUGGUACCGAAGAGGAGAGCGAUGUUUUGGACACGUCGGACCCGCGGGAUAACGCUGCGAGUCCCGAAGAACUCAACGACGACGACGAUGAUGAAGAAGGCUACGGGGAUAGCGAUAACAUUUCAAAGACUUGUACAUACGACGGGUGCACGGAAACUACGACCCAAGUAGCCAAGCAGCGGAAGCCGUGGAUGUGUAAAAAACACCGCAACAAGAUGUACAAAGACAAAUACAAGAGGAAGAAGAGCGACCAGGCGAUGUCCACUAGCAAACCAGAUGAGAGCUUGGAGGAGAGGCCUGUAUCUGUGAACAAGCAGCGUCUUGGUACCGUGGGGGACCGGCCGGCCAGACCCUCCCUCAUCGAACAGGUGCUCAACCAGAAGAGACUGUCUCUGCUGAGGAGUCCUGAGGUGAUCAUGUUUUUACAGCAGCAGCAGCGUCUCCUGGCCACCCAGAGCCUCAGCCAAUCACAGCCUCACUUCCAGGGCUGCUAACGGCAACAGCGGGAGGAGCCAGCUUCUCUGGGUGUUCUGGAACUAUUUCCCUGAUUCCAUCUAUGAUUCUGACAGGAGAAGGACCAUAGAGAUCCUAUUCAAUUCCUAAUUCUGUGAGAAGGAUUGACUCAUUAGAAAUAGAAUACUAGAAUGGACCUUCUUAUGAUGAGAUACAGAUCAGCCAUGUUGGUCAGGGAGUGUUGUGAUAAGAUGUUGUGUAAAACAAUGACUUUGAAGAAUGUAUCUGCACUGUAUGUUUGUUAGCCAGCACGUUUUAGAGGAAUGAUUAAAUACAUGUUUUUAAUGAACUACCCAAAAUGCCCAACAUUAUAUUCAAACAAUGCAGUCAAUCUACAGCCAGACACUGUCUGAAAUCAGUCCAGGAUAGGAUUUAGACAAGUUGUAAAUGCAACAAGUACUGAAAUUCACUCACAACUUUCCAAUAUAUAUUUUUUGUGACAUUUAUGGUCUGUUGAAAUAUAUUUUAGAGGUUGUUUUAUACAGAACAUGUGUAUACAAACAUCAGUAUAAACUGUAUUUAUAACUAUAUGACAAUAGUUGAUGUUGAUUCAAUUACACAACUUGUGAUAUAUCACAUCUUUUAUUUUCCUACAUAAGUAAAAAAUCAGGAAAUGUGUCACCUAUGCCUCUACUGCUAUUCAUUCCAAUUAGACUUGUUUUGUAUUUGUCCCUGACCAAAAUGGCUGCCAUUUCAUUCUAUUCUGGAACCUUGAGGGAUUAUGACAUAGCCCCUCUAGUAAUUGAAUAGGAUCUCCGUGGUCCUUAGAAACUGUACUAUUAUCAUCAAUGACCGAGCUUCCAUGAUCAAUCAAUAAAUAAUUUAUACCAUACAUGAACCUGUUAGUGCCAACAACAUGAACACGUUUCACUCUUAUCAGCUAAAAAACACACAUCUGUAUUGUAUUGUCAUCUAUGUUCUCGUGUUGUUAGCUAUUAAGUUAUUUCAAGAGGACCGGCCUUGGCUUCUUGCUCAAAUCUAUUACAUUUUAAAACCAGACCCAACAUAUACUAAAAGUCAAUCAUAUAAUUUGAUUAACUUCUGCUGAUAACUUGGCAGCAAAUACUAGUGUGGUUGCUAAAAUGGCUAAUUUAUCAAGUCUGAAUUCACUAUCAGUUUGUUUGUUUUUUUACGUGACAAUCAUGCUUCUUGGCGUGCGGUGACGUGUGUGUGUGUUCAUGCACACCAUAGCAUGGUUUCUAGAAGGCACUAAUGCUCGAGAGUUACUGUGUCGUUGUGUUAUCGCCAGAUAGCGUGGCGAUUUCGCCUUGAGAGACGAGGACUCCACCUGACCUCAUUGCUACCGUGUGUUUUUAACUCUACAAUCUGUUGUGAUGUGUGUAUUCUGUAUCUUGGGGUAGGAGUUGUACCACAGACCUAAGAUCUGAUUACCAAUCUAUAAUACUAAUAUUGAUCAUUUAAGCCAUGAUAUACCAGGGGUCGGGCUGAUUAAUUACAAUUCUCUUCAAUACUUUUCAAUGAGGAAAGUUUGGAAUUUAAAUUAGGUUUACUUUAUGAAUUGACUGGAAUUGACCCCAACCCUGAUGUAUACAAUUAGUAUUAUGGAUAGGUAAUUGGCUGGAAUUGACCCCAACCCUGAUGUAUACCCUUAGUAUUAUGGAUAGGUAAUUGGCUGGAAUUGACCCCAACCCUGAUGACAACAAAAUUGUCAUCCUGCCUUGUUGAAUCAAAUUGGCGAGGCUGCCCAUGUGUGCAUGUUUUUGUGCUACACGACUAAAUAUUAUUCUGCCUUCUUCAGUAGGAUAUGAGAUGAGGCUUUAGGGGACAGAAACAUAUCUGCCCUUGGAAUCAGUGGUUAUUCAACCUACUAGUCAUCUAUAGGUAACCCUGUUCCUGGAGGUACUGCAGGAUUUUGUCCAAACUAGGCUCAACACCUGACCAACUGAGCUAAUUGAUCAGUUCAGUGAUUGCCUUUAAUUCAACACACCUGGUCUUCCAGGUUGGUUAAAUCAUGAACAUGAAGGGCCUGUGGUACCCCAGGAACCAGGGUUGCCUGGUUAACCUGAUACAUCUGCUAUUUCCCCUGUGAACAUUCGAAAGAGAAUAAUGAUGAGCGUGAUGGUCCUCCUCAGGCUGUGUCUAUGAAAUCCAUUAAACAAGCUGUUUG